AGCCUGGUCACACGUGCAAGGCGCAGUUACUUGUCGUGGCGCAACUAUCAUGUCAGGAAAUUACUGCUUGUGAUUUAAGUGCAUCGGUUGUAAUCAGUGUAGAAUUAUGGCACCUCAUGUGCUCAGUCAGCAAAGAGUAUAACAGUAGGCAGUAGUGACUGCUCCUAGCCUCUGGGCUGGUACAGUGGUAACGUGCCGGCCUCUCAUCUGAGGGGUUGACAGUUCGCGCCCCACCCAGUUGCGAGAAGUUGCAAUUGUCGCCUGGAGGUUACUGCUGUGGCUGGGCACCAUUGCGGAAAAAAUAACAAAAUGGAAUUUGAUGCAGAAAAAUUAAGGGAAGACCAACAGAAACCAGUAGCUAAUUCGUUAGCAUUUUGCUGGGAUGAAUUAGUAUCCAAUCUUAUGAGGUCAUUACAAGACUUAGCUUCAUACAAAGGAGUGCCUCCGGAGGUGUGUUUGCGUCUUGGUGAUGAAGAGAUGAUGAUCCAUGGGGUUUUGCUUGCAGCACUAAGCAGCUGGUGGAGAAAACGUCUUGACCCUCUUCUCCAGCAGGAUACCCUGAUUAUCCACAACAUAACGGUAGACAUCCAGCUAACCCAUGGAGUGCUUUACGCCACAAGGUCUCUCUUAUAUUCUGGUAGCAUGACAGUAUCAUCAUCUCUGCUAGAACAAGUUCAGAGUGUUACAAGAUCACUAAAUCUUGACAACCAUGAAUUAUCAUACUCAGUUUGUAGUAAUGGCAUGUAUUUAGUACAAUGGACAGGAUUUGAAGAGCAUCUGCUUCGAGCUUUGCAGUAUAUGUGUUGCAAUCAGCAAUGUACAGAUGUUGCUGUUGUUGUGAAUGGCCAUAUCAUUAAAGCACAUAAACUGAUACUUGGUGCAUCAAGUCCAAUACUCAACAGUGCCUUUCAAGAAGAUCGAAGGAUACGAAUAAUUCACCUUCCAGAUAUAAAAGUAAAGAUAGCACAGAGCCUUAUCACAUACAUGUAUUUUGGCAAAACUUGUGUCCAAAAAGAUAUGUUAGUGGAUUUUCACAAAUUAUGUGGAGCUUUCCAAGUGGAGAGUUUGCAAGAAUUGACAAAGAGGUUUGCUGCAAAAGUUACAGGCAGUAGUGAUAAGAAGCCAAAGUCACAUGUCACUAUCCAUGCUCGUGUGAGACCAGAAGCUAAAGAUUUAUGGGGACGACUACAGCAAUAUUAUACUGUAGGGAGGAAUGCUGAUCUUAUGCUAGUAGUGGAGGAUAAAAGAAUGCUUGCACAUAAAACUCUUUUCAGUGCAAUUUGCCCUCCCAUUCAUGAGCUAUUGGUGCAAGAACUCUCAAAUGAACAUGCUCUUGUUAUGAUAACAAGUAUGAAUCACUCAUUAUGGGAAGGUAUACUGAACAUUAUGUACAGAGGUUCUUGUACAAUAGUUGGCACAGCAAUAAGCACCGUUUUUUCUUAUAUUGAUCUAUCAUUAUUUGAUAUUGAAGUUAAUGAGGUCAAACCAGCUCAAAAUUGUCUGCAAGAAGAUAAGAAUAACCAAAACCCUACUUUGAUCAACCAAAGAUUAAGUUUUUUGAAGCAAUCCUUAGGUGUGCCAUCAUUUAAGAAUAAUAGAAAACUGAAUGUAAAGAAAAGGAAAUCACUUUCACAGUCUGAGAAAGUAAGGGAUGAAGCAAGCAGCUCAAAGCAAAUACAAAAUGGGAAGAGAAUUAGAAGCCAGAAUGCAAGUCUUGAAGAUCAGGACUCUAUUCACAAUAUGAUUGAGGAUAUUAAAUUAUUAAAUGAUGCAGCUACCUGUAGCAAAGAAAUCCUUAUGUCCACUGAGCCAGAGCCAAAGACAUGCAAGGAAAAGGGAAAUCCUUUGCCAUCAUCAACCACUGAGAGCAGCUUUCUUGAACAAAAUGCUUCUUGGGAAGGAGAGGAGGAAAAAUUGCAGGGUACAGUUUCAGAUGAAAUUUUCCCUAAAUUCAGGCGAGACAAAUCCUACAGCUGUAUGGAGUGUGGUGCUACGUUCCCAUCUCUGCUAACACUAACAGUUCAUAGUCAAAGCAGUCACACUACAGAGGCCACUCUGGAAACCUGUGAGCACUGUGGCAAGUCAUUUAUACAAAUUAAAGAAAUCAGAGAACAUAAAAACACUAAUUUAGGUAAUCAACCGAUGAGCUGUGAACAGUGUGCAAAAUCCAUCAUUCAGGGAGGACUUAUGCAUCAGCAUUACAAAACAAAUGAGGAAGAAAAACAAGUAGAAGUCCAUGAGAGAAGUCUUGGGUGUCCACAUUGCUCAGAAAUAUUUUCCUCACAGAAAUCUUCUGGAAGACCACAUUAAUAUGAAACACACUGGAUUUGCUCAGCACGACUUUCAGUCUUCAAAAAGUUUUGCAUCACCACCCAGAAUAAAAUCUCAUAUAACAAAAGAACACAGAGAUGCCUUGAAGCGCAAGUGUAUAGAGUGCAAAAUUACCUUCAAGACAGAAAGUCUACUUCUUGCCCAUAUGAAGUCACACAGAU